CUCGCGCAGGUAUUGACAUACAACAACAAAUAAUGUUACAGUCGCAGACAGGACGAGGACGAGGAAGAGGAAGAGGGUAGAAGUCGAGAGAGAGAGAGCUCUAUACUUUACUGAUUAUUAAUUAAUCAUAACAUAUCCUUUUGGAUUCUUCAUCCAUUUGCUUUGAGACCAUUCGGUUGAUUAUAUCGAGUUAUUUGGUGUGCAUGUUGAUUUGUGCGAUAUUUCCAGUAUCUUCGUUUGGAGUGAAAAUCGUCACUACACAAAGGACAGAGAUGGUGUUCUACAGGGAGAGAGAGAACGGGACACGCGAGCGGCCACCGCUGUCUCUCAUCCUACCGCAUCUUUACCUAGGUGCAGAGACUGAUGUUACGCAGGAUUGCCUCGGCGCCCGCGGGAUCUCCUACGUGCUAAGCGUGAGCCGCUGCAGCCCGCAGCCUACUUUCCUUCCCCGUUCCCAGUACCUUCGCAUCCCCAUCGAUGACUCUCUCCGAGACGACCUGCUGCCCCAUAUCCCGGAGGCACUGCGUUUUAUUGAUGGGGCUAUGUCAUCAGGUGGAUCUGUGUUAGUUCAUUGUGCUGCAGGAAUCUCUCGCUCCCCUGCCCUGGCUGUGGCCUACAUUAUGUACAACCUGGGGAUGGACCUUGACCAUGCCUACAGGUUUGUGAAAGAGCGCAGGCCUUCAAUCUCCCCAAACUUCAAUUUUCUGGGGCAGCUACAACACUUCCAGGGAACCCUGGCUCAGAAGGCCUCUAAUGGCAACCCCACUAUCCAGCCAAUCAGAUCACUGGACACAUGCCUGCAGUCAAGCAAUGAAAACAUUAGCCGGGGUUCCUCUGUCCCCCUGUCAGCCAAUCAGAUCAUGAAUAUUCAGGACAAUGGCUAUGUUGCUAAGGACUUUUUAGAGGUUGCUAAAGUGCAUAAUAUGUACAAUGAGAAUUCCACUUGUAAGACAGAGAACAUAGAGCAAAGGUGCUCGUAUUCAGGUGAAACUCAGAGUCUAUCAGAGAAGCCACAGCAAGACCAGAGGAGCGUGACGUCACAACGGACGCUGUCUCUCUCCAGCAAACUCAGAACGCUCACUCUCAACCUGAACCAUAACCACAACCAGAACCAGAGGGAGGCCCAGAGCCCGUGUGGAGCAAUGACUCCAAGCCCCAACGAAUCAGCGACACCAACACCAAAGCCCAACACACUACAAAUCCCAACAGGUAUUGUGUCUCUCUAUGAGAAGCGCAAGAGCCUCACCCUCUCCCUGUCUCCCGUUGGUGCAAUUCCCCCGACUCCCCACCAGAAUGAGCCAGAAAGCACUAACAGGCACAGCAUUAGCCAUAAGCCAAUAUGCUCCAGCGCUUCCAACACCAUCCACAAGAGGGAGUUAGAAGGCACCAGUGGUUCAAAAAGGCACGGUAGAACCCCUUCGACGGUGGCCCUUUCCUCCUCACAGACAGAUGUACAACAGAGAGAGAGGAGCACAUCCUGCGUCAAAGCAGCAGGUCAGCCCAAUCGCUGCUCCUCCCGAACCCAGGGGAAGGGUGCGAGAGAGGGAAGAGGCCAGGGUAAAAGAGAGCCCAGCCGCUGUCAGAGCGUGGAGAAGGGGAGGUCUAACUCGACUCCAAAGACAGGGAAGGACCACAGCAAGGGAAGAGCAGAGAGGGAGACACUAACUGGGAGCCUGAGCAGCAGUUCUGUUUUGAACCAGCACAGUAUCGUAGUUGACCAGCAGGUGUCACCAGCAGCUAAGCUGUCUGCAUCUGCAGUGGCGGCUGAGGAAGGUGUAGAUGCUGAACAGGGCCUCCUGUCUCCUCUCAACCUGACUGUCAACAAGCUGCUGGGCUGGGGAGAGAAGAUGCUGAUGGGGGUGCUGCUCAGCCCCCGGUUCAAAGUGAGACAGGCUGUUCUGCCCUAUAGGUGCUGAUGCGGUAUGUGACCACUGGCGAGGACAGAGAGAGGACUGAUAAAUGCCAGGAGAUUGAUUUGUGUGCGUGUGUGUGUGUGUGCGUGUGAGGAACUGAAGAACAGAGAACUGAACUGCAUGUAUAAUAUUUGUCUGCCCAUACCAUGUUCACAGAGCUCUGAGUGAAUGCUUUGUCCUAUAAAUUCAAAUUUAUUGUUGAAUUCCUUCAAAAGUACUAUAUAUAUUACAUAUAGGAGCAGUUUAUGCCUCCAACACAAUUCACAUGGAUUAAGGCUUGAUUGUGUUGAUUUAUAUUUAUUGAUUGACGUGAAUCAAGUGAUCACUUUAUUGUUGUUAUUUAUAAAAUGAAUAUUUUGAGGAUGGUAUUUUGGCACUGUUGUUUGUAAUGGGAUCACAGUGUUCAUUAAAGAUGACAUAUUUUA